AUGCCAGUGGAAGAACCGACAGAUGAAGAGCUAAAGGAGUUCUAUGAGACGCCAGAAAAAGUGAUGCUUAAUACAUACCCAUCUCAGAAACAAGCGACGUUAGUGAUGGUCACUUUGGAUCUUUUAUCAACUCAUUCACCUGAUGAAGAGUACAUCGGAGAAUACCCAGAAGCAUCUUGGGCCAACGAACCUAUCAUCUAUGCUGCUUAUGAACGUCUCAAAGGCAGGCUCCAAUAUCUAGAAGGAGUGAUAGAUGAGAGAAACGUGACCCUUUCUCUAAAGAAUAGAGCGGGAGCUGGUGUAGUUAAGUAUGAGCUUUUGAAGCCCACCUCUAAGCAUGGUGUUACCGGAAUGGGGGUUCCCUACAGUAUUUCUAUUUAA